AUGGCCGGGAAGUUUGUGGAUCUCAUCAAUGCAGCAAAGAGGUUAGUCUGUUUGCUCCCUGAAGAAUCUGCUGUUGGUAUGGGUUCAUCUGCGCCCUGUGCACCUCAGAAUGUGGACAGUUUCUUGGAUUGUGCCACUAACAGUUUAAAUGUAAACUGGACAGUGGGUGUCACAGCACUGAACUACAGUGUCCUGGCCAGGCCUGCAGGUGGCGAUGUGCUCAACUGUACUUCAAGCACUUCUAGUUGUAUUAUUACAGGCCUACAGUGUGGUCAGAACUACACUGCAGUUAUCACAGCAAACAAUGGAGAGUGCCAAGGAGCAGAGAGCAUGACCCGGUCUGUUCAAACAGUGCCGUGUGUGCCGGCAUCGGUCCGUGCUGAUGUGGAGUGUGCCAGUAACACAGUGAGAGCAUCAUGGGGUCUGACAACAGGAGCGUUGUCUUACACCAGCAUUCUGAGCGGACCUGGGGGCUACAGUAAAUCCUGUAUGACCUCUGACCUCUCCUGUACCUUCGGUGCCCUGACCUGCGGUCAGAACUACACACUUACAGUCGUCUCAUACAAUAACCAGUGCAACAGCACAGUCAGCACCGGCGUCUCUGUAAGAACAGCUCCCUGUAACCCUGAGACUGUGUCCGCAACACUGAUGUGCGACUCACGGGUGGCAAGUGUAUCAUGGCAUGCGAGUGCAGGAGCUGAUGUGUACACAGUCCUGGCGAGCACACAGAAUCAGAGCGUUCCUCAAUCUUCUUGUAAUUCGUCAACCAGUUCAUGUGACCUCACACAGCUUCAGUGUGGAGCAGUUUACAACAUCACAGUUCUUGCAAAUGAUGGAACCUGCAACAGCUCGGCGCAUGCCUUUACCACACUGGAGACAGCUCCGUGUCCUCCAGCAAUGAGGUCUCCAUCCCUGAACUGUAGCAGUAAUGUAGCGCUGGUGUCAUGGGCAGUGGACACAGAUGUUGUGAUGGUCAAUGUUAAUGCCACCUCUGUCCUGGGACACACUGUCACCUGCACUUCUUCUGCACAGAGUUGUACACUGGAUUCGCUCAUGUGUGGUCAGACGUACAGCGUGUAUGGCACGGCUCAGGGCUCACAGUGUGCCAGCACACACAGUAAUCUAUUCAGUAUUAUCACAGCCCCCUGCACCCCCAAUGCCUUGAGUGCUAACUACACAUGCGGUACCAGUACGGUUCUGGCGAGUUGGGGCGAGAGUCUGGGUCGAGAGAGUUUCUACCUGCACGUGGAGACAAGCGAUCACUCGGACCACUGCAGCACAAAUGAAACCCACUGCUAUAUCAACACGCUGAAGUGUGGAAGACUGUAUAAUGUUAGUGUGGAAUCAGUUUCUGGACAAUGCAACAGCAGUGGUGCAGCUCGCAUGCAGCUACAGACCGCUCCCUGUCCACCACAGAACAUAACCGUGAGUCUACAGUGUGCCAAUAACACAGCAUCUCUGUCGUGGAUUGGCAGUCCUGGUGCCAUCGGUUAUAAUGUAACUGCCCUGGGCCAUGAUGGUGAUAUCAAGCACAGCUACGUCACUAACACCAGCUGUCAACUACCCAACAUGCACUGUGCUCAGACCUAUGACAUUGUGGUCACACCCUUCUCUCCUACAUGUGCUGGGUUUCCCAGUGCUGUCUACACUUUCACUGCAGCUCCUUGUCCACCCACUAAUGUUGAAGUGUCUCUACAAUGUAAUGCUAGCGUGGGCAUUGUCCGGUGGACUGCUGCCCGAAAUGCUGAGACGUACACUGCCACGGCAACGAGUAGCAAUGGCCAUUCCCACACAUGCAGCUCUAAUGGCACCAGCUGCAACUUCAUUGACCUGCUCUGUGAAGAGGACUACAUUGUUUCUGUUGUUACGGUGGAACGUGGCUGUCGAAGUGAACCCAGCUUACCUGUCAAUCUAAGAUCAGCCAUCUGCCCUCCUUCAAAUGUAGCAGCUUUAACCAACUGUGCUACUAAUGACAUCAUCAUUACAUGGGACCCCAGUCAGUUGUCUGGAGUCACUUACUUCCUGUUCAUCCAUCAGGUGGAUGGGCUGAACUCCACCUACAGCACAGUUCAAACCUCACAUGCCCUAACAGGUUUGCAUUGUGGCAUGAGUUUUAUUGUACAAGCGGCUGCUCAGGACAGCAGUUGCACCAGUCUGUACGGAAAUCCGACACAGAUCUACACAGCUCCCUGUCCACCCAGCAGCUUGCAAGCUUCUGCUAGCUGUGGUACAAACAGAAGCACCAUCAGCUGGCACGCUGGAGCGGGCGCCCAUUCUCAUACUGUUAAUGUGGUGGGCAAUAACGGACACACUUCCUGUACAUCCAACACAACUUCCUGUUCUGUGAUACUGGACUGCGGUCAUCAGUAUACGGCCACUGUGGUGUCCUCGGUCGGCCUCUGCAACAGCACCAUAAACAACAGCAUCCAAUUUAACUCAGCACCUUGUCUGCCGGGUAAUGUGGUGGCACAUGUAAACUGUAAUGAUAGCAAGCUAGCAGUACAAUGGGACCCCACUAAAACCAACGACACCUACACAGCCCUGGCCAUCGGAAAAGACGGAACGCGGUUUUCCUGUAACACAAAUACUACUUCCUGUACCAUCCAGAAUUUAAGAUGUGGCCGCAAUUAUAGUGUCGUGGUGACCACGUCCAACACUUCCUGUGGAGUCAUCCAGGGUUCAGACUACCAAAUUCAGACAGCCCCCUGCAAGCCACAGAGCCCCAGUGUUCAACUCCAGUGCAGCACUAAUGCUGUUAAUGUAACAUGGGACAACAGUGGAGCGGAGCAGUUUGACAUGGUGACCGCGCUGAAUUUUACAGGUGGAGCGACAACAUGCAACAGCACAAAUGCAUCCUGCACAUUCACUCAGCUGCGCUGUGGAGAGUCAUACAUGCUCAGCAUCACUGGCUUCACUGAAAGCUGCACUGGUGAAUCCAGUACCCAUGUCAACCUUGAUACAGCUCCCUGUGUUCCUACUUACGUUGUGGCCACCACAAACUGUGACACUUCCAUCACCACAGUAACCUGGGAUUCAGCUCGUGGUGCAAGCAGCUACACUGUUCAUGCGGUGAGCACCUGGGGACACAGCACCAUCUGUACCAGCACAGAUACCACCUGUGCUUUCUCUGACCUGGCCUGUGGACAGAACUACACGAUCACAGUCACAGCUGAGGACAACAGCUGUGUGAGUUUGGCCAGCGCGCCCAUCACUGUUACCGCAGAUCCGUGUCCACACCAUGAUCUGAGGGCGACCCUGAGCUGCAGCUCUAACUCUGCUCUCAUCUCAUGGAUGCCCGGUAAUGGCACUCUGACCUAUAACGCUACAGCCGAGAUCAACUUCGAUCAGGAACACGUGGUCAGCUGUAACACAUCUGGCUCCUCCUGCAACCUCACUGACCUUUGGUGCGGUAGCAGCUAUAAAGUCAGCGUUAGUGGACAGGGACUCACCUGCCCUAGCCAACCAGAUGAGUGGAUUACUCUUAAGACAGAGCCGUGCCCACCCACUAAUGUGUCUCUCCAGUCAUCUUGUAAUUCAGACAACGUGUCCGUUUCCUGGACAGCUUCACAGGGCUCUGUUGCCUACAUGGCUGUUGCAAAGAGCAGGGAAGGUCACAGGGUAACUUGUAACACCACCCAGAUGUCCUGUGACAUUACCCAUCUGCAGUGCGGACAGACUUAUGAUGUUUAUGUUUCUGGUGUGGAUGGCGACUGUAUUGGAACAAAAAGUGAAGUUCAAAUUCUAGAAACAGCUCCAUGUGUUCCUCAGGACGUUCAGGGUAUCCUGGAGUGUCAAUCAACUGUUCUCAAUGUCACCUGGCAUCAGAGAGGUCACGCACAUCACUACCAUGCCACAGUGAGGAGCAGCGAUGGUCAUUUGAUGGAGUGUAAUUCAACUCAAACCUUCUGCCAAGUACCCAACAUCAUUUGCGGCCUGACAUACAGUGUGGAGGUUGUUGCCUAUACAACAACCUGCAACAGUUCCUACAGCUCUGUUUACUACAUCCAGUCAGCCCCGUGUCCACCAGAGGAAAUCAUGGCUGUGGUGGACUGUGAAAUAAACACUGUGUCUGUAUCAUGGGACUACAGUGUGAAUGGGGUUCUUUACAUUGCAAAGGCCUUCAACUCCAGCAAUGACCAGGAUUACUUUACAUGCAACACAACAGAGACCAGCUGUGACAUCACGGUCGCCUGUGGCAUGAGCUAUAAUGUUACUGUAGUAGCAUUGCAAAAUGGUUGCAUUGGGGCGAAUUCACCAGUUCAGUUUGUCAUGGCAGCUCCUUGUGUGCCCAUCAUGUUGGAUGUUGAGAUGGACUGUCUGUCUGAUUCGGCUUGGCUGACAUGGGAGGAGACAGCAGGGGCGGAGUUCUACAUUGCCACAGCAACAGACAGCGAUGGGCAGCUCCACCAGUGUAACUCAACUGAGAGCCAGUGUACAGUUGAAGAGCUGCAGUGCAGUAGAUUCUACAACUUUACUGUUGUGGCUUCGAACACUCAGUGCGACAGCCCCAGCAGCGGAAGUUUGAGAUUUGAGACAGCCCCUUGUCCUCCUCAGACCGUAGUGACAUCAGUGGGGUGUGACACUGGUACAGUAAGCGUGUCGUGGGACGAGAGCAUUGGGGCUUUGAGCUACACGGCCAAUUUGGAACGUGCUGAUGGAGAGACCACCUGCUGCACAGCGAACUCUACUUCCUGUGAGGUCACUUCCCUCCCCUGCGGCCAGAUGUAUGUAGUAACGGUCACUGCUGAGGGACAGACGUGCAACAGCUCUCAGAGCACUGAGGUCCUUGUUCGAUCAGUUCCCUGCAUUCCAGAAAAUCUAUUAUCCACUACAAGCUGCAGUGAUAAUGUAGUCACAAUGACGUGGGUAAGCAGUGAGACCGGUGAACUUUACACAGUCCAGGCCUUCAGCGAUGAUGGGAUGAGUUAUGACAGUUGUUCAGGGUUCAGUCAGUCAUGUGAUCUCACAAUGCUGGGGUGUGGUGUGUCAUACACUGCAACAGUAACAGCACAGGACAGCACAUGCACCAGCCCACCCAGUGCACCUGCUCCCAUCAGGACAGUACCCUGUUUCCCUGAGUAUGUGACUGCUAACGUGAGCUGCGAGGGGAAUGCCCUGUCCGUGUUCUGGCAGGAGAGCAUGGGAGCAGACUCGUAUAUGGCUACACUCAUGGAUGGUAACGGACAUUCCACCAGCUGUCAGAGUAUGAAUGACACCACCUGCACGGUUGUGGGACUAGCCUGUGGAGAGAUCUACCACGUCAGUGUGGUGGCAUCUGACGGAUACUGUGAUAGUCUGCCCAGUGCUGUCAUUGACUCUGAAUCAGUUCCUUGUAAGGCUCGUAACAUCCGUGCAGUGGUUGACUGUCAGUCUGGAACAGCUGUGUUGUCAUGGCAGUCGGGCACCGGGGCGGUGCAAUACACGGCAACAGCACUGAGCCAGUCUGGUGAUGCACUCAGCUGUGAAAGCAAUGAAACCAAUUGUGAACUGACAGGUCUGGCCUGUGGAGAGAGCUACAACAUCACUGUGUUGGCACAAGGACAGAGUUGCAGCAGUUCUGCAGCCAUGACUGGACACCUGAGGACAGGUCCCUGUAUACCUCAGCAUGUAGAAGUGCAGUACACCCCGUCUAUUGGGCAGCUGUCCUGGGAUAGAACCAAAGGUGCUUCAACGUACACUGCUCAGGCUACCACUGAUCAAGGAUCUGUGCUUUCCUGCUCCACCAGUGACACCUCAUGUGCCAUCUAUAGCAUGUCAUGCAGUCAGACAUAUGACAUCAUUGUUACAGCACAGAAUGAUAUUUGUCAGGACGUUGCUGUGUCUGUAUCAUCUUCACUAGAGACAGAACCCUGUCCACCACAGAAUGUGCAGAUCCACCUGGACUGUUCAAGUGAGGAAGUAGUCGUGUCCUGGGAGGAAAGCAUAGGGGCACUGGGAUAUGUGGCGUUCCUGGAGGGUCAAAAUGGUGACAGUCUGUCCUGCUACACGACAGACUUCAGCUGCAGUGUGGCAGGGUUUAUUUGUGGUUCCAUUUAUCACACGCACGUACGUGCCAUCGGAAGCACAUAUAACAGCUCAGACAGUGAGAUGGUUCUCAUCACAUCAGCCCCCUGUCAGCCAGACUCCGGUUCAGUUGACGUUGAUGUGAAUUGUGAGAAUGCCACAGCAUUGGUCAGCUGGGACUGGAGUGGUGGAGCUACUUCCUAUGAACUAACUGCCACCAGUAAUGAUGGCUAUAUCACUACCUGUGUUUCUGAAGAGAAUUAUUGUAAUGUCAGCGAGCUAGUGUGUGGGCAGACUUACAACAUCAGCCUUACAGCAGUCAGUGACCAAUGUCAGGUUACCCACGAGACAGACGUCACUUUCCAAACAGUCCCUUGUGCUCCACUGCGUGUGGAUGUGGACUUUCAGUGCCAGUCUAGCACAGCUGUAAUUACCUGGGAACAAAGGGAUGAUGUGCUAUACUACCUUGCUAGCGCCACCCUGAGCGCCACAGGAGAAGUAACUGAAGUAUGUAAUUCAACAACUGAAAGGUGUGUGAUGACUGGGUUGCAGUGUGGAGAGGAGUACGCCUUCACCGUAACGGCCUACAACAGACUAUGCCAUAGUGACGUCAGCAGCACUGUAUACGUUCAAACAGAGCCAUGCCAGCCAACCCAACUGAAUGUUAUAGGAUCAUGCGAUAACAACACAGUUGUCUUAAACUGGGAUGAUAGCAGAGGUGCAUCAAGUUACACAGUCUUUAUAUCAGGCAACCUGGGAUAUGAUGACUCCUUCCAGUCAUCUGAAUCGAUCCUUGCAUUGGACCUUCUCUGUGGACAGAACUACACCCUUACCACAGUGGGCCAAAAUGAUGUCUGUGAGAGUAUAUCAAGCGCCCCAGUCUAUUUUACCACUGCUCCAUGCGUACCGUACCACAUUGAGACCUUUGUACAAUGUGAGGAUAACCUUGGUGCUAUCAGCUGGGCUAGCAGUGAUGGUGCAGAUAUUUACACAGCCAUUGCUGUCGGACAUGAUGGGCAAACCCACGUGUGUGCGACAAACACAACCACUUGUAUCUGGGAUGAUCUGCAUUGCGGAAAGAUCUAUAAUGUGCAUGUCAUCGCCAACUCGCCUGCCUGCAACAGUCAACCCAGUAACAGCACAACCAUUCUCAUGGCUCCAUGCCCCCCACAGAACCUGUCAUCUGCGUUUGACUGUCAAAUGAAAGUGGCUUCCCUCACCUGGGCAACGCAUGAAACUGUUGAGAUGUUCAUAGUAUCUGCCGAGGACGCCAACGGCAACAGAGUAGAGCUCUCCACCCAAAAUACAAGUGCACAGAUCUCUGAGUUUAACUGUGGUCAGCAGUACUAUCUGACUGUGACAGCUGUUGGACAGAGUUGUAGGAGCCUUCCCAGCAAUACUGUAGUUCUGCAGACAGAGCCUUGCAUUCCAACAUCUGUCUCUGGCUUCAUGGACUGCAUCUCCAACAUCGCUACAGUAUCCUGGGACGCAUCAGAUGGAGCAGAAUACUACACAGCAACUGUGCAAGGUCCUGAUGGGCCUUUGGGAACAUGCAUGUCCUGGUCAGUGAGCUGUGGCAUGACUAAACUGUCCUGUGGCAACUCAUACAAUGUUUCUGUGGUUGCGUCCAGUCGCCAGUGUAAUUCAACACCCAGUGCACUGUUUACUUUUAACACAGUUCCCUGUGUCCCAAUGGAUGUCUCUGUUGUGAUGGACUGUGCUACUGCUGAAGCACUUGUGUCAUGGAAUGCGAGCGAUGGGGCACUGUUCUAUACUGCUUAUGCCUGGAGCCCAUCAUUUGAUUUCUUGUCCUGUACUAGCGAUGGCCUUGAUGCCUACUGCAUCCUGAGUAAUCUCACCUGUGGAGAUAAUUACACUGUCCAGGUGGUUGCUGAAGGUCAUGAAUGCUCCAGUCUGCCCAGUCAGGCAACUCAUUUCCGCACAGUUCCCUGUGCACCAGUUAUUACUACAACACACUUGAACUGCAACACAGACUCUGUACUGCUGCAGUGGACUCAGAUCAAGGGCUCGAUCUCUUACACUGCUGAUGCCAGGACACCUGAAGGCCUGAUGUCCAACUGCUCCAGCAAUUACACUCACUGUGAACUGACAGGACUGACUUGUGGACAAACAUACAAUGUUAGCAUUGUAUCAUAUGAUGGAGUAUGCCAAAGCACACGUGGACCCGCACUGAAUGUGGCAUCCGUACCCUGUCCACCUCAGAAUGUGGAGUCAACUUUACUCUGUUCUUCAAACUCUGCACAUGUGCAGUGGAACACCAGUGGAGGGGCGGAGUCAUAUGAGGUGCAAGCCAUUGACAAUGAUGGCCAUUUGACAAGAUGUAACAGCGCAAAUACUUCCUGUGUUGUGUCUAACCUUAUUUGUGGCUCCAUGUACAACAUCAGUGUGUUUGCUAUUGGCCAGAAUUGUAAUGUCUCAAAGAGUGCAGUCACAAGACUCCAGUCAGCCCCAUGCGUUCCUAACCAGCCUGUGGCAAACCUAAACUGUGAAUCAGGUGUGGUUGAUGUGUCCUGGCAGUCCAGCAGAGGAGCUUUGCUUUACACUGCUGUUGCUCAGGGCAACGGGGGAUUUGCAUCAUCAUGCAGCAGCAAUGGUACAGCAUGCACAUUCACUGACCUGUUGUGUGGACUCACCUACAGCAUCAAUGUGACAGCCUCAGACCACGCGUGUACCAGCGCACAGAGUCAUAGCGUUCUGCUGGACACAGUUCCGUGUAAGCCACAGGAAAUAGUCGCUCAAAUGGAAUGUGGGAAUCAUAUGGGUGUAGUGUCCUGGGAACAAGAAACAACAAUUGUUUCCUACCUGGUGCAUGCAUCCAGUCCAGAUGGGCACGAAAUACAAUGCAGCGGUCCCGUUCCCAGCUGCAAAUUACCCAGCAUGCAUUGUGGUCAAGCCUACAACGUCACAAUUACAGCCCAGGACAGCCACUGUGACAGCAGGAGUGCCUUUAUAACAUUGCAGUCAGUUCCAUGUGCUGCCACAAGCGUUCAGGCCUCUCUGGUUUGCCCGUCUAACUCUGCGGCUGUGAUGUGGCAAAGUGCCAGUGGAGCUCUGUUGUAUGAGGUUGAAGGCAUCACUGUAGAUGGCAUCCAUACAACCCACUGCAAUAACACUGAGACCCACUGUGAGCUGAGGGAGUUGCUCUGUGGACAGACAUAUAAUGUUUCUGUGCUGUCUAUGGACCACAUGUGCAGCAGUGAAGAGAGCACAUUCACACAAGUUCACACUGCACCUUGUCCUCCUCAGGCUGUAAAUGUUCAGGUGAACUGCUCCGCUGGCUCCAUGACUGUCACGUGGGCAGCCAAUCCUGAUGCACAAUCUUUCCAUGUGAGGGCAACCAGUGGAGGAGUUUCUCUCUCAUGUGACUCCAAUUCUACCAGCUGUUCAAUCAAUGCAUUAUCAUGUGGACGCUCAUAUUCUGUUACUGUAACAGCGAUUCGGAAUGCCUGUGAGAGUCAGCCCAGCACAGCUGUAAAUGUGUCCUCAGCUCCUUGUGUUCCUGAAGGAGAGACGGGAAACUUGGACUGUGUUAUGAACUCAGCCUGGGUGUCAUGGUUACCAGCAGAGGGGGCGGAGUCUUACUCUGUGCUGGCGGUGGAAAGGAGCGGGGCUAAUGCUAGCUGCUCAACUACAAGCCAGCAAUGCAACGUUCCUGACUUGCAGUGUGGAGCCACGUACACCUUCCACGUCAUUGCUUUGAAUUCAUUUUGUGCAAGCAGAUCCAAUAACACCUUCCAGAUACAAACAGCUCCGUGCACUCUCACCGCCAUCACUGCACACACAGACUGUUAUAGCAGCCGAAUAACAGUCAACUGGCAGCUGAAUGAAGGUUCUUCUCUGUACGUGGCCACAGCAGUAGGUCAUGAUCAAAGCAUCUUAAUGUGCAACAGUACAGGCAUUUCCUGUGACCUCACCGGUGUACAGUGUGGAAUGCAGUACACCGUUAUAGUCUCCGCCUCCUCGGACAAAUGCAGCGGCAUGCGAAGUCCUCCGUACAAGAUCAACACAGCACCAUGUGUUCCUCAAAAUGUAUCAGUGAAGCCAUUGUGUGAUUCAAGUGGUAUGCAGGCAUCAUGGUCACAGUCUGUAGUGGCCGAUUCUUACUCCCUUGUGGCCACGGGAACAGAUGGGGAUGUCCGAACCUGCAGGAGCACCACCAGCAAUUGCACCCUUUCCCAACUGCAUUGUGGACAGGUGUAUAACAUUAGUAUAACUGCUUCAGCUGGAAACUGCACCAGUCUGUCCAGCCAACAAAUCAUCCUCCACACGGUGCCGUGUAAACUGCAAAACUUCAGUGUCUCCGUGAACUGUGACUCCAGGACAGCCACACUCUCCUGGGUUAAAAGCCAAGAAUCACUGCAGUACUACACAUGGGCUCAAACAAACGAUGGGCAUACGCUAUACUGUGACACCACUGGUACUUCAUGUAACAUCCAGGGACUGACCUGCGGGAUGGUGUAUAACUUCAGUGCACAGGCUUCAGAUGGGACCUGUAACAGCUCACUCGAUGUGCCAGUUCAGCAGGGUGCAGUCCCAUGUCCUCCUGCCAGCGUGAAGUUGAGAACCCAUCUGAUGGACGACGCUACUCUACUUAGGAGUUCCUGGAGUUCUGUGAGCUGUCCUAACGUCACUUACCUGGUGCAGGUGACUGGGCAGAUCCAAGACAGCCCACAGUCUCUCAUGGAUGUCUCAUCCUAUUGGACAGAACGUGACUUCUUUGAGAUUCCUGUGCCGUGUAGCACUUCUUACAACUUGCGUGUCUUUGCACAAAACUCAGCUGGGACCAGCAGACCAUCUCAGUCUAUUGAUGGUGUCACAGCUCCCUGUCCUCCAAUGGAUGUGACCUUCACGGGUGAUCAAUCCUCAGCCACUGUGGCCUGGACGUCUUCAGUUCUUAGCACAGAGUACACUGUGUACCAGAUGAUCUCCGAUGUCAGGGUAUCUGUCUGCAGAACAUCAAACCUCAGCUGUCAGGUCUUUGGUCUGCUGGCUUCUGAUGUUGCUGUGACAGCCAUGAACAGUGCCGGAGAGAGCAUUGUUUCAAGAGUACUUACUGGUCAAACAUCAAAUCGUCGGAAAAGAGAUUUAGGAGCUGCAGAGAUGAUAGCAGGACUGACCCCUGAUGAGCUGUCCAUCCCUGAAGUGACAGUUUUACCCGGGGUGGGAGUGUCACUGCAGGUCGAGUGGUCUCCUGUGAUGGGGGCAGAUUCCUACAACCUGAUUGUGAAAGAGGACACAUUGUCUCGCCCUAUGAAAGAGGUCCUGUACUUCUAUGAUCAGACUGCUACAGUUCUAAAUGAUCUAGAACCUGCCACUCGCUACUGUGUCAUCGUGUCUGCCAAAAACAACAACAACCAACAAAGUCCAUAUUCAACACCUGUUUGUGUCACCACUGGGGUGUCCGAGUAACAUCACGUCCUCCAGCGUGGACUGUACGGGAAUGUAGAUAUAAAUCAUGAUGCUAUGUUAAUGACAUGAAAAGCAACUAAGCAGAAUUAGCUUAUAUGACAAAUCAGAAACUCGAAACAUAUAAUUGAAAUGAAAUCCUUUGUGAUAAUCUUGACUGAUUAUGUUUCCUUAAUACUUUAUAAUGAAUCUAAUCAUAACUAAUUAUUUUGAAUAUGCUGAUGUAAUAUCUGAUACAGUAUAUAAUCAGUUCUGUUAAUUGAAAUGAAAGUUUGAUAAACACUGUGAUUUUCUGAUUGUGGUAACAUUAGAAACGUGUAAUCUUUUAAAUAAUUUUUAUAUUUAUCAUAAAUCAAAGAUUUUUCAUAACCAGCUAAUGAACUGUUUCAAUCAAGAGAUAGAAAAAAUAAAUAAAUGGGUAAAUUAUCAAGCACUAUUAUAAAGUUAUAUUUUGUGUUUAAUGUACUUAUACAACUCGUAUGGCUUUGUGAACAAUUUGCAGCAGUACUUUUAUACAUGAAGCCAUAUAAAAGAAUAAAAGUCUGUGAAUGAAAGCUUUAUAUAUUACAGUUCAAAUGAAGAGCCAAGCCGUGUACUAAUAACUUGUGUCCUGGUCUUUGCUUUAUCCCUGUUGUUAUUUUCUCUGUAAUUAAAAUAUAACCUGAAUUAUGAA